GCUGCCCGUCAGGCACGGAUGCGUGCGCAAGUGCCGAAACUUGCAUGCUGGCAGGCCGGCUGGUCAGCUCCGUUGUCGGACCGUGCCAAGCUCGAAGUACCCGGUGUGUGCAUGCUCGUGUUUGAUUCCUGCAUGAGGCCACAUUCGGAACCAGCAGUGGUUGGAGAAACAAGAAAGCUCAGUGACAGCCAGCCGGUCCUUUGUCUUGUAUGAGCUUAUUCACGGCAUAGUCAACCCACACGAGACGAGCAUUAGAUUGACGUCCUCACCUUAUCGGUUCUUCAGCCCAGUCUCGAUUUUGCACAAGACAACACGCAGCGAGCCACACCACAACAGACACCACAAUGGCCGACAUCGAGUACCUCAAGACGCUCCAGGCCGUCCGCGAGAGGUCGCGCCUCGUCCUCGAAGCCGCCAAGCAGGGCAAGACCAACAACUUCACGUUCCACCAGGAUCGCAUGCAGGAUGUCACAGAAUUCGUGGCCAGCGUCAUAGACCGCGACUUCGGUCCAGACAAGUACAGCAGUAUCCCCCCGCACGGACGGUGGCAGCACUUUGAUGUCGGCAACGUUGCUCGCGUAGAUGAGCUGCACAACCAGUGGAAGAACGAUGGAUUGAACAGAGAAGAGAUCGUCCGGCGGCUGAUAGAUCUCUUUUUCGUCUCGGUGCUGCUCGAUGCAGGCGCGGGCGACGUGUGGACGUUCAAGGAACCCGGAUCCGGAGCUGUGUUCAACCGGAGUGAAGGCAUUGCGGUCGCGUCGCUGUACAUGUUCAAGGCUGGCGCCUUCUCAAGUGAUCCUGAGAACAACCCGGCCAGGGUCGACGGUAAGGGUCUCAAUGCCCUGACUGUUGAGGCUUUCGAGAAGUAUUUCCAGAUCAGCCCUGAGAACCCCAUCAUCGGAGUCGAGGCCCGCGUGAACCUCCUGAAGAACGUGGGCACUUCUCUGCUCAACAACACCGACGUCUUUGGCCAGGAUGGCCGACCUGGACAGCUUGUUGACAACAUCCUCGGCGAGACACAAUCUUCAGAACCAAUCGACUACCACACUCUCUGGGACACCCUCCAGAAAGUCCUCCUCCCAUCAUGGCCCAAGGACCGGACACGCAUCUCCGGCAUCCCCAUUGGCGAUGCCUGGCCUCUGAAAGUCCUGCAGGACCUCGCCGGCCCCGACGCGCCCGAGACGGCAACCAUCCAGCCGUUCCACAAGCUCACGCAGUGGCUCGCCUACUCCCUCUCGGUGCCGUUCGUGCGCGUCCUCGGCCGCACGUGGAAGAACAUGGACUCGGGUACCGGCCUGCCCGAGUACCGCAACGGCGGGCUGUUCACGGACCUCGGCGUCCUCACGCUCAAGGACGAGGUCCUGCAGCAGGGGCUGCAGCGCUCCGGGCACGAGAAGCUGCCGAGCUUCCCAGCCAGCGGCGACGUCAUCGUCGAGUGGCGGGCGCUCACGGUGGCGCUGCUCGACGAGCUGCACGGCCUGAUCAGCAAGCACUAUGAGCCGCGCGGGGUGCAGCUGACCAUGGCGCAGAUGCUCGAGGCGGGGACGUGGAAGGGUGGGCGCGAGUUGGCGGCCAAGCACCGGCCUGAGACCAAGUCGAGUCCGAUCCUGAUUGAGGGCGAUGGCACGCUGUUCUGAGCGACUCGGACUCUUGAUAUAAUAGAACAAAAGGUGUUUUUCAGAUAGUUACCACCUCCAAAUGUUAUGGUUUUGAACAAUGUAUUGGCUUUGCAUCAGGGUUGGAAGUUGCCUCAGUGGCUUCUCCGAGGCGACAUGAAACAUUGUUUCAGUGGUCUACAGGGCAAAUGUUCACCUGGAUUCUACACGCAAAA